AUGAUCACACUCAGCCUUGCCAGCGUGCUGGCUUUGACGGCCACUACCGCCGCCAAUGCCUACACCUACCCCAACAUCCCCGCAGACAAGACCACGCCCACACAGACCCGUCUGGCCUUCCAGCAGCUCAACGCCGUCUCGGUCGCUUGGAACACAUACGAAAAGCUCAACCAGUCCUGCGUCGCAUACGGCACUUCGCCCACAUCCCUGACCCAACGCGCAUGCUCGUCGUCCUCGUCAACUUACCCGACCUCGCGCACAUGGUUCAACAACGUCCUCCUCACCGGCCUCGCACCCGCCACAACUUACUACUACAAGAUCGACAGCACCAACUCCACCACCAACUCCUUCAAGAGCGCACGCACCCCAGGCGACCAGUACAGCUUCGUAGUCAAUGCGGUCAUCGACAUGGGCGUCUACGGUGCCGAUGGUUACACCACCACCAAGAAGCGUGACAUCCCCUUUGUCCAGCCCAGCUUGUCCCACUCGACCAUCGACCAGCUCGUACAGUCCGCGGACCAGUACGACUUUGUCGUCCAUCCUGGCGACUUUGCCUACGCAGACGACUGGUACCUCCGUCCCCAGAACUUGCUCGAUGGUAAGGACGCAUAUGCUGCCAUCACCGAGCUUUUCUUCAAUCAACUCAGCGCCGUCUCGGCGUACAAGCCUUAUAUGAGCUCGCCAGGCAACCACGAGGCGGCAUGUAGAGAGGUUCUAUAUCACCAGGGAGCCUGCCCUCUUGGUCAGUACAACUUUACCGACUACAAUGCUCGAUUUGGCCCCACCCAUCCCACCACGUUCGGAACGGCGAGCACCGACGCAGCAGCGCAGUCCAAUGCGACCGCUGCUCAGAAACUCGCUCUCCCACCUUUCUGGUACUCGUACGACUACGGCAUGGUCCACUUUGUCUCACUCGAUACCGAGACCGACUUCCCCUCGGCGCCGGACACCGCCAACCUCGGUGCCGGGCCGUACGGACGUCCCUCCCAGCAGAUCGACUUCCUCAAGGCUGAUCUUGCUUCCGUGGACCGUACAGUGACGCCCUGGGUGGUUGUCCUGGGACACAGGCCUUGGUACUCGACGGGUGGUAGCGACAAUAUCUGCUCCGAAUGCCAGACGGCGUUUGAAGAUAUUUUCUACCAAUACGGUGUGGAUCUCUUCGUUGCGGGUCACGUGCACAAUCUGCAACGUCAACAGCCUACGUACAAGGGUGCUGUCGACCCUGCCGGCCUCAACAACCCCAAGGCUCCUUGGCACAUUGUCGCCGGCGCCGCCGGAAACAUCGAGGGCCUUUCGAGCGCGGGCACCAUCCCGGCGUACAACGCCUUUGUCGACGACUCGCACAACGGAUACGCCCGCCUCACUUUUGUCGACAAGAACUCGCUCAAAGUCGACAUGAUCCACUCCACCAACGGCGAGAUCCUCGACUCGGCCACGCUCACAAAGAGUCACAACCAGCAAUUUGUUCGUCAAUCCGUCUCGGCCUAG